UUGACGUUGAUUUGUUUUUGAUCCGUUAUAUAAAGACUUGUGGAUAGUAAAUAGACAAUCCGGACACAAAAAAACGAUGGAGAAUCCAUCCACAAAUUCACCAGAAACAGUACCAACGCUUCAAUCAUCCGAUGAUGAACGCAAAUACCGAUACCGAGCCGCUGCCUUUCUAGCUGGAGUAGCCGGUAUUUCUGCAAUUGCCGGUUUCGGUAAAACAGUCAUGUCUGCGAAAAAAUCGGAUCCUCAGUUUUUCGAAAAAGGGAUUCAGGGUAGUAUUGCGAUGCGAGAAACCGGAGCCAGUCUUGCCAUGAGGGCGCUUGGCUGGGGAACGCUGUACGCAUUCCUUGGUACUGGAACCAUCUGUUACGGGAUUUGGAAGUUGACGGGAGCCUCGAACUUUCAAGAAUUCCGUCAAACGAUUGGUAGCUUAUUCCCGAAAAUCCCCAAAAAUGAUCCUCCCAGUAGUAGAACAGAAUUCGAAGGAUUAACAGAUCUUAUGGAGUACUUGUCAACGUGGAAAAAAGAAGAAAAAUAAGAAUACUUGCGUUAUUAGUAUUAACUGUAUUUUAACGUUUAUUUGUAAAUAAUAUAGUCAUGA